AUGGAAGAGAUUUCUAGAUUGAAGGAGGUUCUGAGCAGAGAGUUUGAGAUGAAAGAUCUCGGAAAGGCAAGAAGAAUUCUGGGCAUGGAUAUCAUCAUGGAUAGAAGUAAGGGUACUCUAUUAUUGUCUCAGGAAUCUUAUCUUGAAAAGGUGCUAGCAAAUUUCAGAAUGAUUGAUGCUGCACCUGUUUUGACCCCAAUCGGUACACAUUCCAAGCUUUCUAGCACUAAGCCUGAUGCUAAAGAGGAAGCUGAGAUAGAGAUGAGAGACAUACCUUAUGCAAGUGCGAUGGGCAGUCUUAUGUACUACAUGGUUGGAACUCGCCCUCAUAUCGCCUAUGUUGUAGGCCUGGUGAGUCGAUUCAUGAGCUCUCCUUGCAAAGAUCAUUGGCCAGCGGAUAAAUGGGUGAUGCGUGAUGAGAGACUUUCAUGUACCUUAUGGGGUUCUUUCGCUGAACAAGUUUACAGAGCUUGCCGAAACGCUAAUGGUAACAUUGUCGUCUGUGUCCUCAGGUUUGCCAAAAUCAAUUUACCAGCUGAUGGUCUCUCCUUUACUUAUCGUGAAAAUAUUCCAAAAUAUCAAAUUGUCACUGUUAAUAAUGACGACAGUAGUCAAUUUCAAAGGAAAACGAUUGCAGGGAUACUGGAUUUGGUCGAGGUGGGAAAAAUAAGGCUAAUGUGUACUGUCUACGCAAUCGACACGGAUUGGGCUUGGUACUAUUUCAGUUGCCGUAAUUGCAACAAAAAAGUGAUUCAUAUUCAUACUGCAGGGGCCAACGAUGGUAAUGGUUUUAACAAGAAACCUAAGUUCUGGUGUGAUGUGUGCAAGACCGUUGUGACUAGCGUCAUUGCAAGGUAUAUGCUAUAUGUUAAAGUCAUGGACUCUACAGGAGAAACCAAACUCCUUUUGUUUGACAGCAUUGCUUCAGAGCUUAUUGGAGAAUCUGCAAUCUCCAUUCUUGCUGGAUCACUAGAUGAAAUAGCAGAUCCAGAAAACAUACCAGAUCAAAUUAGAAAUUUGAUUGGUAAAACAUUUGCCUUCUUGGUUUGUGUUGGGAGAGAGAAGAUUUGGGAUGGUAAGGAUUCCUACCGGGUUACUAAAUUACUCUCUAAGGAUGGUCUUCUAGCAGAGCAAAUGCAAGAGGAAUCAGAUGAAAUAGUUAAUCCAGCUUCCAUUGUUUCAGGAGACCAGGUUCCCCUUUCUUUGACUUAUAGUCAAGAUCCCAGUGACUUUGGUACACCUUCUUCAAAACGUGUAUACGCACUCAAUGCUGAUGAAGCGGAACAAUCAUCCGUAACAAAAAGGAUAUAUCUCCCCCAAAACGCGCUGGAAAAUGUAGCAGAAGAAGAAGGGUUAAAGGCGGCGAAGCUGAACUUUGAAGACGAUAAGGUUACUGAUGUUUCAGAAAAGGUUGAAAGUAAAACCAUCGAAAUUGUUGGGAGCAAGGAGACUAUGAUGGAUUUGAAGAAGAACACUGAACAUGGCAGUAGAAUGGGAGAUGGUUUAUCAGAGACUAGCAUGUCUGACGAAACAAUGGGAGAAGAAUACUUAGAUUACUUCUCUGACAACGAAACAGUUGAGCAAAUCUACGACUACAGUAGUACUGACGAAGAGUUUGAUAGUCAUCUUAUAAGCAAUCAAACAGAGCAUGUUGAUUCUGCCCAAAUCAAUGUAGAAUUUUUUAGAUUGAGGUUUGGUAGUUAA